AAAUCCUUUGUUGUGCUGUGGGUCUCAUUGUUCUCUUUGGGGUUCUCAUCAAUUACUCUUGUGUCGUUGAGUCCAAGGCAGGUUUAUGAGGAUCAACUGAGACUGAAGAAAGAGAGUAAGCUGAGAAAAGAGAGUGAGCUUGAGGGUAAGAAAAGCAGAGAGAAAACAGUAGAGAAAGAGUUAAAAAAAGAGAGAAAAGAUUGAGAGUGUUGAAAACAAAGAGAGAAAAUCAGUGAGUGUUUAUGCAAAAGAAAGUGAUGUCAAGGCUGCGUUCUUUGCAAACCAGCCUAUGUUUGUGCUUCUGUAUAAAGAUGCUUAUGUCAACACUAACGAACUUAAUGAUUCUUUGCCUAGUGUUGUUAAAUCUCUUUCGCAGGACUUCAAGGAUGUGUUUCCAGAUGUCGUUCCUAAUGGUUUACCACCAAUAAGAGGAACCGAGCAUCAAAUUGACUUCAUUCCUGGUGCAACAAUUCCAAACCGACCAGCAUAUCGAAGCAAUCCCAAUGAGACGAAAGAACUUCAAAGGCGGGUCAAAGAACUCAUAGAAAAGGGACAUGUGAGAGAAAGCAUGAGUCCAUGUGCAGUUCCAGUGCUACUUGUGCCUAAGAAGGAUGGGACUUGGUGUAUGUCCUCUCUUGACGUUAGCUUUGUCACAGCAUGGAGCUCUUCCCAUGAUCCCUGCAAGCUAGUUCUCUCUUGCAGUGCUGUCCCUGUGAACCAAACGAGGACAGAAAGAAUAGGACAGACAGAGAAAUGGGGGAGAAGAAAACUAAGACACGCAAAGAAGAGGUUUGGUGUGUGAAAAGAGGGAAAUUGGUACACAUAAGCAUCCAGCGUGUAAAAAAAGACAUGCUGGCAU